UCUUCAUUAUAAGAUUUCCAACCUCUAAUACACACUCACAAAAUGGAGGGUGAAGUGAAGCACAUACUACUCGCAAAAUUCAAACAAGGAAUUACUGAAGAUCAAAUUGAAGAAUACAUCAAACAAUACGCCAAUCUUGUCAAUCUUGUUCCUUCUAUGAAGUCCUUCUCAUGGGGUAAAGAUGUGAGCAUAGAGAACUUGAAUGAGGGUUACACUCAUAUCUUCGAAUCAACAUUUGAGAGCACGCAAGGCAUUGCCGACUAUAUCUCUCAUCCAGAUCAUGUUCAAUAUGCAAACACACUGCUGCCUCAGCUUGAAAAAGUCCUUGUUGUUGAUUACAAGCCCACUAAAGUCCAUCUCUGAAUCCAACACCCGUCCCCGUGUUUCAAGAUUGUUAUUGUUUUCAUUUCAAACCAGUUGGCCAGCACCAAAAUAAUGUUGUUCACAUUUCAGAUUCUUAGCAUCAACUUCGAUACAGUGGUUAUGUUGUUGCUUGUGGUUUAAUGGUGAUGCUCUUCUCAACUUUAAUUUCUUCAUCAUAUAUGUUAGAAUUGUGCAUUUAAGCUUCUCU